AUGUCAAACAAAGUAAUUACGAUUGGUAUUGGUGGAGCUUCAUGUUCUGGUAAAACGACUUUGGCUAAAUGGCUUUUAAAAAUUUUACCGAAUUGUACAUUAUUUUAUCAAGAUGAUUUUUUUAAGCUCGAAAAAGACCUUCCCAUUGAUCCAGCAACAAAAUAUUUAAAUUGGGAUUGUCCUGAAGCAAUAAACUUUUCAUUAUUCUUGUCUACUUUAAAAAAUCUUCAUCAAGUCGGCUCAUUACCAACAUCAUUCAAAUCUAAUGAAGUUUAUAAUGUUUAUAAAGACGUUGAAUCGAGUGGAUUAGAUGAACUAGUUGAACGAUUAUCCUUAAAAAUUAAUAAGGUAUUAAGUGAAUCUGUAGGAUGUGAUGAUAAAAAUAAUGAAUGGUAUUUCAUAUUGGUAGAUGGAUUUUUACUAUACUAUGAUCCUGAAGUUAUAAAAGAAUUAGAUGUUAAAUUGUUUACCAAGGCGGAUCGUGAAAUUUUAAAGAAACGAAGAGAAGAACGAGUUCGGUAUAUUACGGUUGAAGGAUAUUUUGAAGACCCUCCAAAUUAUUUUGAUAAAAUAGUUUGGCCAAAUUAUAUUCAAUACCAUAAACAUCUAUUACUUAAAGAACAAUCGUCAGGUUUAAUAGAUGGUGAAAAAAAUGGAUGGAUGGCUAUUGAAGAUUUUGUGGUUUUAGAUUCAAAUCAUGAUGAAACUUUUGGUGGGAAUCUUGAGAAAGCU